GGCCCGCCCCGUCCCCGCCCGCAGCGCCCUGGCUUCGCGGCGCGGCCCCGCGGCCCAGAGGGGCGGGGCCAGGCAUGGCUACCGCGGGAGCCGGCAGGCAGGCCGCGCGGGCUUCUGUCCCGCGACCUCAGCCGGGCGGGGCCCCGGGCCGCGCGGCGGGAGCUGCUGGGGUGCCCACCGGGGCGAGAAGCAGCGGAGUUCGGCGGCUGGGGGAGCGGACCCCGGGGGCUGUGGAGAAGCGGGGGCCGUACAUGGUGACGCGUGCGCCUUCCCUUCAGGCCAAGCCGCAGAAGCACCGAGACCUGGCCAAGGCGGUUCUGCGGAGAAAACGCGUGCUGGGGGCCUCGCCCAGCCGCCCCGACUCUCCAGGGAAAAGGUCAGUGAAGUUUAACAAAGGCUAUACUGCUCUUAGUCAGAGUCCGGAUGAAAACCUGGUGUCCCUCGACUCUGACAGUGAUGAGGAGCUGGAAACCAGAUAUUCCUCCGGGUAUUCCUCUGCAGAGCAGGUGAACCAGGAUGUGAAUCGGCAGCUGCUCCAGGAUGGGUAUCACCUGGAUGAGAUUCCAGAUGAUGAGGACUUGGACCUCAUUCCCCCCAAGCCUGUGGCCUCCUCAGCAUGCUCCGGCUCCUGGUGCUGUCUUGGGGACUCUUCCUCCUGCGCCCUCCAGUAGGCAUAACUCCCUAAGAUGGGCCCUGCUCACCAUGCUUGCAGAGCCCUGUUGGCCCUUCAUAGGUCACAUAGUGCAGUGGGGAUUGCUGUCAGCCCAAGUCAUGGAAGGCACUGGUCCUUGGGAAGGUCAGUGAUCUGCAGUUCCCCCUUAUUUGGUGCUUCUCAGGCCAGAGGCCCCAUCUAGGCCAUAGGGCAACAGGUGGAAUUCUGCAGUUUCUACUUUAAUAAGGACAAGAACAGAGGAAUUCUGCUUCUUAUGAUGAGUGGCAGAGUUGGCUCAGAAAAACUUGGAGACAUCUUGACUGCUAUUUGUCAUAUUCUGUGGAGGGAGAGAGCUUGUGUGUCAAGGCUGUGCUGAAUGGUGUAUGGAGGCAGAAAAUAGCACUUUAUAGCUUGUGGUGGGAAUCUGAAAAAUAAUUUAACUAUGUGGGGCCAGUUCAAGAAAUUCCAUUGCUCUCCUCUUCUUCCUAGCUCCAUGGUGGGUUACAUGUUUGACCUUCAAGAAAGCAUAAAGUAAAGCCCUUUGGCCCUCUUCCAGUUGUACUUGUUUGACUAUAGUAGGGCUGCUUGAUGGCACAGCAGGAACAAGGCUUCUGGAAUCUCUGGAUCUGCAGCAUCCCAAACUGGUCCAAGUGGGUGGGUUUAGUGACUGUGGUCAGCCCAGCCCUAGAGAAAAAAGUGCUCCACUAUGUACGUUUUUUUAUUUGCCUACUUGGUCACCAUUCUUUACCUUGGACUUGGCUAGUUUCCCUACCCGGUAUUUGAGUUGAAGGUUGGGUGAAGGGUUUGGAGCUUGCCCCAGAACCCGCAGUUUUUGGCUGCCAGCAGAGGGAGCUGCGGGGAGAGGUCAGGUGCACUCCUAUUUGGUUAGCUUUCUGAACUGGAGUAGCAGCAGAUGAUAAGUACACUGGCACUAAUGUGUGGGCAUUGACAUAGACGGAGGAUCACAGACUGGACGGGCGGAGGGACAUGUGCCAGCUCCCAACCACCUGCCUGAGGAGAUAAUCCACUGUUGCAGAGGGUUUGCCUUCACCUCAGCGUGGGCCUAGCAUAGUGCAGUGGGGAUUGCGGUCAGCCCCCAAAUCGUGGAAGGCACCGAUCCUUGGGAAGAUCAGUGACCUGCAGUUCCCUUACUUGGUGCUUCUCAGGUGCAACACAGCCUCUCAGCUCUGAACGCAGCAGAGGCAGGCAUAGUCUCCUGUGACCCCCACUAGGUAGCAUCUCUUGCUGUACCAGGCCUCUCCCUAGAAUUUAGUUUUUCAGUGGUUUGUUUUGUUAUUUGUGGUGGGUUUUUUUGCCUCACCUAGAACUGUGGUGUGGACUUAACGGGAGUGGACAGGGUUCCUAGCCUAAGAGGCAUGGGAGUCAGGAUUGGGGUGCAGACCCACAUGGGGAAGUGCUCAGCCUGUUGCUUUAUUUGCUGUUCUGUGACUACUGGAGGUAUAUGAGGGAUGGCAUGGACUCCUGUUGCUUGACUAUGAGGUGACUAGUAAGAACAUCAGGUAAAAAGGCCUAGUCAUUUGUCCAUUGACUAUCCUUAUGAGGAUACUCUUACCAGUGCUUGAUUGGCAUCUAUCUUGGUGCUUUUCUUAAAUCACAGAAAGUUGAGAGGAAUAUAUGGUAUCCAGGGGGCUGCAGCUAACUUAAUUUUACAGUCUAGCAUCACAGCAGAUGGGAAAUGGCACAGAGGCCACAGGCACCUCAGAUUGGGAUCUGGGGAAUAGGGGGAGCAGAUGGACUCCGUUCUGGGAUGGGAUGCUGCAACUCUACACAGGUGUCCAGCAUUCUGAGCACUUUGUGCAAAUGCCUGCAGGGAGGGAGAACAUCUCCGUUCUGAAUACUUUGCCCAUCCAGAGAGAUCAUACCCAAGCCUUUCUGGUUUCUGCAGAGGUGGAGAUGUGCACAUGAAGAAAGGGCUCAGAUGUAAAACAGAGUAAAGACGGUGGUUAAAAUGGAAAGCCAUGUGGGGCCACAUUUCUGGGGGAGAGCUGGUUAGGACAGAGCAGCCUGAGUAUUUGGCAGCUGCCAUAGGUGAGAGACUGACAGCAGGACCCUAUGACGAGGGCCUCCAGGUAGUCGUGGCUGUAAAUUGACACUAGUGUUUGGCCAUAGCUGUCCAUGGAGAGGAUGUUUUAGAGCUGGUUGACCCCAUGGGGGAGGCACUACAUCUGUGGAAAGAGUUGCAGGAACCUGGAACUGGGGAUAGUACAGUGAGGCAGCGUAGAAAUGGUCAGUAGUUUGGGGCUACAGGCUAAAAUGUCACCAAUAAAGGCACCAAGGUGCCCAGAGCCAACCUGCCCUAAUUCAUCAGAGUGCUGGGUGUCCUGCUAGAGAUAGUGCCUAGGAGAGAAGGCCCAUUCCGGCUUACCUCACAAACGGGAGUGGUACUCUGGUGUUUACAAAGUACUCUACAGAACUCUUGGCUUAGGCUUCUAUAGCUCUGUAAGUUUUUAAGAAUAAAUACAAUCAUGCUAGU